AUGUCUGAACCAGCAGAGACAACACAGGCCAACAAGCACCUUUAUACAGUUAUCGUGUUGGGUGCAUCUGGAGAUCUGGCCAAGAAGAAGACCUUCCCCGCCCUCUUUGGUCUCUACAAGAACCACUACCUGGACGCUAACACCCAAAUCAUCGGGUAUGCACGCACCAAGAUGGACCAAUCCACCUUUGAAGGCCACGUCUCCAAGUACAUCAAGCUCAAGACUGACGAGGACAAGGAAGCAUUGUCCAAAUUCCUCAAGCUCUGCUCCUACCAGGAUGGUCAGUACGACAAGGACAAAGAUUUCCAGGUCUUGGAAACGGCGAUCGAGAAACUCGAGAAGUCGUCUGGGGCGACUGCUCGUCUCUUCUACAUGGCCUUGCCGCCCUCGGUCUUCAUCCCUGUCGCGACCAGCAUCAAGCAUAACAACUACAAGAAGGGUGUUAUUACCCGUUUGAUCGUCGAGAAGCCCUUUGGAAUGGAUUUGGAGAGCUCCCGCAAGCUGGCCAAGGACCUUGGUGCCCUCUUUACUGAGGAAGAGAUCUACCGUAUUGACCACUACCUUGGUAAGGAGAUGGUCAAGAACCUGAUGAUUCUUCGCUUUGCCAAUGUCAUCUUUGGCUCAGUCUGGAACCGACACAGCAUCGACAACAUUCAGAUCACCUUCAAGGAAAAGAUCGGUACCGCCGGCCGUGGUGGCUACUUUGACGAGUUUGGCAUCAUCCGCGAUGUCAUGCAAAACCAUCUACUGCAGAUUUUGUCUCUCAUCGCCAUGGAGCCACCAGUUUCGCUUGGCGCUGAAGAUGUUCGCGACGAGAAGGUCAAGGUUUUGAGGUACAUCCCUCCAAUUGCCAAGGGCGACGUCUUGACGGGCCAGUACACCAAGAGCGAGGACGGCAAGGAGCCCGGUUAUCUCGACGACCCUACGGUCCCCAAAGGCAGCAAGACCCCUACCUAUGCCGCCGCGACGCUCUUUAUCCAGAACGAGCGCUGGACCGGUGUUCCCUUCAUCCUGAAGUGUGGCAAAGCCCUGGACCAGCAAAAGACCGAGAUCAGAAUCCAGUUCAAGGAGGUCUCUGGAAAUAUGUUUACCAACCUCGCCAGGAACGAGAUUGUGAUCCGUGUCCAACCCAACGAGGCUGUCUACGUCAAGAUCAUGAACAAGGAACCUGGCCUGGGCAUGAAGACUGUCAUCUCAGACUUGGAUCUCUCCUACUCUAGCCGCUUCGACAAUGCUGUGAUCCCAGAGGCCUACGAGUCUCUGAUCCUGGACUCGCUGAACGGCGACCACUCCAACUUUGUGAGAGAUGACGAGUUGGAUGCUGCGUGGAAGAUCUUUACGCCCAUCCUGAAGACGAUUGACAAGGGCGAGAUCGCACCUAUUCCGUAUGCGUUCGGCAGUCGCGGUCCUCAGGGCGUUACCGAGUUUGUGGCCAAGCAUGGAUAUGAGAGGUCCAACCAGGAGUAUGUCUGGCCUAGCCACUCUGAGGCAUCUGUUGCCGCCAAGGGCCAAGACCAGAAGGUCAAGCCCAGCUCUUGA